ACAGUCAAGGCAAGGACAGGCUUCUGUCUCUCCGCUGAGCGGGGGGCGGCGCAGCUCAGGAAGCGUACUGGCCGAGCCAUUUCUUGCUCGUUGUGUCUGUGUUGUGAGUGUGUGCGCGUACGCGCGCGCGUUGUGUGUGUGUGUUUGUGUAAAAGCCGCGUGUGACACAAAUAAACUCAGGCGGAGGCGGUGGCAGCAGCAGCCCUAGAGGCAGGAGGAAGGGGGAGGAGGUUGUGGUAACGGUGGUAGCAGAAGAGGAGGAGGAGAUUGCCGAGCGGUGGCAGCAGCGGCGGCGGCUCCUGAGCAUCUCUGCGUCCUUCCGUGCCUGCUGCUGCUUGCUGCUGCUGCUGUAUCCCCCGCCCAGCCGCAGAGGCCAGCAGGCAGCAUCCUCACAUCUACUGCCAGUCUUGUAUUAUUUGAGUUUCGGGGCGAGUCUGAAAGCCCAGAACCAUGACAACUCACGUAACUCUAGAGGAUGCUCUGUCCAAUGUGGACCUGUUGGAGGAGCUGCCACUCCCUGACCAGCAACCAUGUAUCGAGCCACCUCCAUCAUCUAUUAUGUACCAGGCCAACUUUGACACCAAUUUUGAAGACAGAAAUGCCUUUGUUACUGGCAUUGCCAGAUAUAUUGAACAAGCCACUGUACACUCAAGCAUGAAUGAAAUGCUAGAAGAAGGACAUGAAUAUGCAGUGAUGCUUUACACCUGGAGGAGUUGUUCCAGGGCCAUUCCCCAGGUAAAGUGCAAUGAACAGCCAAAUCGAGUUGAGAUAUAUGAGAAGACUGUGGAAGUGUUGGAGCCAGAGGUCACCAAACUCAUGAAGUUCAUGUAUUUUCAGCGAAAGGCCAUUGAACGAUUCUGUAGUGAGGUUAAGCGUUUAUGCCAUGCAGAGAGAAGGAAAGACUUUGUUUCUGAAGCAUAUCUUCUGACCCUGGGCAAGUUCAUCAACAUGUUUGCUGUCCUGGAUGAACUAAAGAACAUGAAAUGCAGUGUCAAAAAUGACCACUCUGCUUACAAAAGAGCAGCACAGUUUUUGCGGAAAAUGGCUGACCCCCAGUCUAUUCAGGAAUCACAGAACCUCUCCAUGUUCCUAGCAAACCAUAAUAGGAUCACACAGUGCCUGCAUCAGCAGCUGGAAGUCAUACCUGGAUAUGAGGAGCUGUUGGCAGAUAUUGUCAAUAUCUGUGUGGAUUACUAUGAAAACAAAAUGUACUUGACACCCAGUGAGAAGCACAUGCUCUUAAAGGUGAUGGGUUUUGGUCUGUAUCUGAUGGAUGGAAAUGUCAGUAACAUUUACAAACUAGAUGCCAAGAAGAGAAUCAAUCUCAGUAAAAUUGAUAAAUUCUUCAAGCAGCUGCAGGUGGUUCCUUUAUUCGGCGAUAUGCAGAUAGAACUGGCCAGAUACAUUAAGACCAGUGCUCACUAUGAGGAGAACAAAUCCAAGUGGACAUGCACUCAGACCAGCAUCAGUCCCCAGUACAACAUCUGUGAGCAGAUGGUACAGAUCCGAGAUGACCAUAUCCGUUUUAUCUCUGAACUCGCUCGCUACAGCAACAGUGAGGUUGUGACUGGUUCCGGACUAGACAGUCAGAAGUCAGAUGAAGAAUACAGGGAGCUUUUUGACCUGGCUUUACGGGGACUGCAACUUCUGUCCAAGUGGAGUGCACAUGUUAUGGAAGUGUACUCAUGGAAGCUGGUCCAUCCCACUGAUAAGUUCUGUAACAAAGAUUGCCCAGGCACUGCUGAGGAGUAUGAGAGAGCCACGCGGUACAAUUAUACCAGUGAGGAAAAGUUUGCUUUUGUUGAGGUGAUUGCAAUGAUCAAAGGUCUGCAAGUGCUCAUGGGCCGCAUGGAAAGUGUCUUCAACCAGGCCAUCAGGAAUACUAUAUAUGCAGCUCUGCAGGAUUUUGCUCAGGUGACACUAAGAGAACCACUAAGACAGGCUGUCAGGAAGAAGAAGAAUGUCCUGAUCAGUGUCCUUCAGGCAAUUAGAAAAACAAUUUGUGACUGGGAGGGCGGCCGGGAGCCUCCCAAUGACCCCUGUCUGAGAGGAGAGAAGGACCCCAAAGGUGGCUUUGAUAUCAAGGUCCCACGGCGAGCAGUAGGACCAUCAAGCACCCAGCUUUACAUGGUGAGAACCAUGCUGGAGUCCCUCAUAGCAGACAAGAGUGGCUCAAAGAAGACUCUCAGGAGCAGCCUGGAUGGGCCAAUAGUUCUAGCCAUUGAGGAGUUCCACAAGCAGUCCUUCUUCUUCACCCAUCUUCUCAACAUUAGUGAAGCCCUCCAACAGUGCUGUGACCUCUCCCAGCUUUGGUUCCGAGAGUUUUUUCUGGAGUUGACCAUGGGGCGUCGAAUUCAGUUCCCUAUUGAGAUGUCUAUGCCUUGGAUUCUAACAGAUCACAUCCUGGAAACCAAAGAACCUUCUAUGAUGGAGUAUGUACUCUAUCCAUUGGACCUCUACAAUGACAGUGCAUAUUAUGCUUUGACUAAGUUUAAGAAGCAGUUUCUCUAUGAUGAAAUUGAAGCUGAAGUGAACUUGUGUUUUGAUCAGUUUGUGUACAAAUUGGCAGACCAAAUCUUUGCAUACUAUAAAGCGAUGGCUGGCAGUGUCUUAUUGGAUAAACGUUUCCGGGCUGAAUGUAAGAAUUAUGGAGUGAUUAUCCCUUACCCACCAUCCAACCGCUAUGAGACGCUGCUCAAACAGAGACAUGUCCAGCUGCUCGGCAGGUCAAUUGACCUAAAUAGGCUUAUCACCCAGCGUAUCUCAGCAGCAAUGUACAAAUCAUUAGACCAGGCCAUUAGCCGCUUUGAGAGCGAGGAUCUGACGUCCAUUGUGGAACUCGAAUGGCUUCUGGAGAUAAACCGCCUGACCCAUAGACUCCUUUGCAAGCAUAUGACCUUAGACAGUUUCGAUGCCAUGUUCCGAGAAGCCAAUCACAAUGUGUCAGCUCCUUAUGGGCGCAUCACCCUGCAUGUCUUCUGGGAGCUCAACUUUGACUUUUUGCCUAAUUACUGCUAUAACGGAUCUACUAACAGGUUUGUACGGACAGCAAUUCCAUUCACACAAGAACCCCAGAGAGACAAACCAGCCAAUGUCCAGCCAUACUAUCUGUAUGGCUCUAAGCCACUCAACAUUGCCUACAGCCACAUCUAUAGCUCCUAUCGGAACUUUGUGGGGCCUCCUCAUUUCAAGACAAUCUGCAGGCUCCUUGGAUACCAAGGUAUCGCUGUGGUAAUGGAGGAAUUGCUGAAGAUCGUCAAGAGCCUGUUGCAAGGAACCAUCCUUCAGUAUGUGAAAACCUUGAUAGAGGUGAUGCCGAAGAUAUGCCGCCUGCCUAGGCAUGAGUAUGGAUCUCCAGGAAUCCUGGAGUUUUUCCAUCACCAGCUGAAGGACAUAAUUGAGUAUGCAGAACUAAAGACUGAUGUGUUCCAGAGUUUGAGGGAAGUGGGUAAUGCCAUUCUUUUCUGCCUUCUCAUAGAGCAGGCCCUGUCCCAGGAAGAAGUGUGUGAUUUGCUGCAUGCUGCUCCCUUCCAAAAUAUUUUGCCCAGGGUCUACAUCAAAGAAGGAGAACGCUUGGAGGUACGCAUGAAGCGUCUCGAAGCCAAAUAUGCCCCACUUCACCUGGUUCCCUUAAUAGAGAGACUGGGAACACCUCAGCAAAUAGCCAUAGCACGAGAAGGAGACUUGCUGACUAAGGAGCGGUUGUGCUGUGGCCUGUCCAUGUUUGAGGUUAUCCUGACCCGCAUUCGGAGCUACCUCCAGGACCCCAUCUGGCGUGGGCCUCCCCCAACCAAUGGUGUCAUGCACGUUGAUGAGUGCGUAGAGUUCCACCGGCUCUGGAGCGCCAUGCAGUUUGUGUACUGCAUUCCUGUGGGAACAAAUGAAUUCACUGCUGAGCAAUGUUUCGGAGAUGGUUUGAACUGGGCUGGUUGCUCAGUCAUAGUUCUCUUGGGUCAGCAACGUCGCUUUGAUCUUUUUGACUUCUGUUACCACCUGUUAAAGGUGCAGAGGCAAGAUGGGAAAGAUGAAAUUAUAAAGAAUGUGCCACUUAAGAAAAUGGCUGACAGGAUCAGAAAGUACCAGAUUCUGAACAAUGAGAUUUUUGCCAUCCUGAACAAGUACAUGAAGUCAGUGGAAACAGACAGCUCUACGGUUGAGCACGUGCGUUGCUUCCAGCCCCCGAUCCACCAGUCCUUGGCCACCACCUGCUAAAUGGCCACUGCUGGACAUGCAGUGUUUGUAUCAUUGUCUCUCCAUCUGAAAUUGGUGAGGGAGAAGAGACUGGACCCCAGCGAAGACCUGGAAGGGAAAACCUGAGAACGCAGAUCUGGCAACAAUGCAGACUUGGAUGCACCCAAUAUACAAGGAUGCAUUUUCCUAGAAGGCCCUGUUUAAAUGCAUGUUCUCCUAUUGUCUGGUUGGUUUUACCCUUAGCUUUGAAAAUGUGGUGAGAAGGAGCAGAAUGUGGUUGUCCUCCUGUGGUAUUUCCUUUUGUGAUGGCCCCAAACUACUCACUCAAGCACAAAAUGACACGGUCUUUAAAUAGUCAUUGUUUCGGGGUUCCAGUUAAAGCAGCCAGUGUUGCAAGUCUUCCGCUUAGUGCACAACAGGACAGAACAGAAUUCCUGCUUGGUAGAAAACCAUGUUUUCAUGACAGUCUGUUCAGUCAGAUAAAAUAAUUUUUUUCCAGUGGAAGGUGAUGAGGAGGAGCUGGUUGCUUAACCUAAGGGGGGAAAAUCAUGUUCUUUCAUAUUCUGAAUAUCAUAGACUAUCUAGAAUUAGAGGGCUUUGUCAUUGACAUGUUAAUACCUUCUGCCUUUCCAGAAUUAUUUAUUCUUGCUAAGUCAAAUUCACAAUGUCUGGCUUUACUUAAGCAGUGGAGUGUUGAAAAAAAGAGUCCUCUCAGAUUUCGUCUUGAAGUGUCAUUGUUGUGGUCCAAAGAACUGGUUAUUCUUUGUUUAGUAAAGGGGAAUUAGACUAUUUUACUAAUCAGAAUAACCUAAUUCCUCUUCUUGAACUAAUUCUUGCAACUGUGCUGUGUGUUUCUCAGGUUUUAGCAUUUUAAACAACCAGGAAACAAAACAAAAAAGAUUCUCCUGGCCAGACCCUUCAUGAAGUUAUCAGAUCAAGAAACCAGCAUGUUCUUUUAGAACUGUGAUUAAUGCAUUUAGCUCAGUAUCUUGCUCUUUGGAAUACAUUCAGUAGAAUAAUGAGAGCAAGCAAUACUCUUACCUGUUCCAGGAAAGUCUAAGAAACUGGUAAUUAGCUUAAAGUUAUAUAUACAAGAUUUGGUAAUGAAGUGGAAACAAGGAAUACACUCAGCAUGACAUUUGGCCUUUGUUUUAUAACAGGCCAAAAUGGCUUGCUUGCUUGGUUUCCACUAAUAUGUAUGGUUCCCCAGAUAUGAUGAAUGUUCAGACAUUAAUGAUCUCCCAGGCAUAACCCUUUAGAAAAAGAGGUAAACAUAACAUUAGCUGCAUGAACAAAUCUUAUAAUUUUAUAUUCAGGAGGGGCUCAGAGGUCAUCCUCAUGCUGUUCCCCACACCACAGUAGACUUCCUGCCAACCCGUGCAGCUAAGGAAUUGGCAUGUAUAAUUUUAAGAAGAGUGUUCCACCCACAGGAAACAGGAAUAAGCAAGGUACUCCCUACAAGUAAUGUAUGCAGGACAAGAAACAAGCUCAGAAAGAUAAACCCAGAUACUUCGAAGAAGUCAUGUAACAAUGGUGCAAAGAAUGGGCACUAAUAAACUAGUCACUACCCAAUGCAGCCUGGUGGGAGAUUCUUUCCAACUCUAAAGAAGAUGAUCUAGAUUUUGAGAGUGAAAGUCACAUCUGUUCACUGAUCCUCUCCACAAGGAAAUUUCAUACUGUUUAGCACAAGUUUUCCCCCACCUCAUACCAUAAAGGAAAAAGGAAGAUCAUUGAAGUCUUAAGGAAAGGAUUAUUCCUGAGUCUGUCAGACCACUGUAAGAUGUUAGAGAAAAUUCAUCAUGUACGUCCCCACCCUGCACUACCUACAGUGACUAUUGGUGGAGAAUGGUGUUACUGAAGAAUUCAAACCUAAUAUUUGGCUGGUUCUGACUUUAUUUUCCACAAGGAAAAGGGAAAGGGUUGUAUCCUAAGUUCCUUCAUGAAUAUUGUUCCUUGAAAAUGAAAGGCACUCCAUUUUCACGAGGGGUGGUUUUUCACUGGUCUCCCUUCUUUCUGCAUUCCACUGUGUAUUCCAAAAAUCUGCUCCUGAGGAUUGGGGGGGCUCCAAAACAGGAUGACACGUGGCUUGUGGCAGGGGGGAGUACAGCUUGAAAGGAAGAUCUGCAAACAUUGCUCUCCUCCCUUGAAUGAACAGAAGUGCCUUCCAUUUGCACAACUUAGAAUUUUGGUUUUCUUCUGUUUGCCCUACAGCUUCCAAAAUUAAGAACAUGGAAGCAUUUACAACCCAAUAAUCUUUCCUCAUUAGAUAUUAAUGACAAAAGGCAGAAUGCACAGGAAGUUCUCCUGUGCAAAACUUCAAUAAAAUGAAUUGGAGAAAUGCAGGAGUAUUGCAUUCAUUUCAUUGGAGGUUAUGCAGAAGACCUGUGCUGUAGACUAGGGAUGUGCCCGAGCCAGUUUGAUGCCUCCUCUAGGAAGCGCUGAACCACUUGGGUACUGGCACUCUUGACUGGGUGGGGAGUGGUUCCCUUAAGGAACCAGUAAGGAGCUCCAUACCUGCUCCUCCCUGCCCCGCCGCUUUCCUGGGUGCAGCGCCUGGUCCCCAACUGGCCUGUUCCCAGCGGCCUCUGUGUGGCAUCAGCAUGCAUAUGGCCAACACUGCGCAGAGGUUUCAGUGUGCAGUGUAGAGCUCUGUGUGGCCAUUAGUCCUGUGCGGCCGGUUGGGGAAUGGACACCGCAGAAAAGCAGCAGGGAGGAGCAGGUAAGGAGCGCCUUACCGGCUCCUUAAAGAAACUGCUUCCCAUCCCACCAGCCCAUGCACAAGCCAUUCAUGCGCAUCUUUACCAUAGACUAUGCCCAAUAACAUCAUUGGGCAAAUUGAUACUGUGUUAAAAGUGAAGACCAGCUUGACAGUUGGUGUGCUACCCUUAUUUUCACCUUAUUAAAAAUGUAGUCGGGCUCCUAUCAAGAGAGUCAGAACAGAUCACAGAACACCCAGCAACUAUUUCACCUUGCUCCAGACUUGGUAUUCCUUAGUCUCACUUUGGCCAAGGAUGAUCUCCACCCUUUUAGAUUUCAGAUAUUUUAGUCUGUGAGCUGGUUCAGAUAUGAAUUGGAACUGGGAUGAAAUCCUUGAGCAGUGAGAGUUAGAAGUAGAAUACUUCUGAUUCUUCUUAGGAAUAAGCCAGGAUUGCUCGUUUCAUCCAAACUGUACAAUCUUGGUUCAUUCUAGCCAAAGUUCUAAAACAAAUCAAGGUCUGAUUCUGAGAUUAAUUUGGCACUCUGGUUAGAAUAAACCAGAAUUGCUGAGUUCAGAUGAAAUGAGUGAUCUUGGCUUGUUUCUUAGCAAAAACAGAAACAAUAUACUUCUGAAGCAUGCGGGUAGGGGAGGGGGAGCACAUGCUCCCAAGGACUGGGAACACAGCAUGAGGCCAGGAUGUAAUCGAGCUCCACGUGGUGUCCGUACAAGCCCACUUCAUCUCUUUACAUUUCAUUGCACCAUAAAAUAGACUCCUUUAAUUACUGAUUAAUCACUGCACAUUUGUGGCUGGAAUUGUGAAUCUAGAGAGUGCAACGUUUUCCCCCCCUCUGAGAGCACAUGAAGUGGAAACAUCUUAAUGCUCUGUCUCUGAUGCAGCAAGAACAUUCUGCUUCAAGGAACAGCAGGAGGAUACAAUUAUUAACACAAGAUACAUUUAUUUUGGCAAAUGCCUUUGUUCCUUUAGAGACUUACAUCUGUUUCCCCAGUAACUAAUAAAUAUUCCCCACAGAAUUUGGUGAGCAUAUUGACCACUUAUGAUUACUACGGCUGCUUUUUAAACUACAGGAUACUUCUUGUACACUGCAAUAUGUAAUUAAGGCAAGGCUUAGAGAAGACUCUGGCAGGAACAAUGGGUACUUGCUGGAACUCUGACAGCAACAAAUGAGCAAAGGGGCAUCAAGGGUGAAAAAUUUCCUUCUAUCAUAUCCCAACUAAAUGUCUGUUAGAACAAUUGGAUUUUUUCUAGGGAGCAAGUGUUGCUGGUGUAAUUUAACUUAUUUAUGCACCUUAGUAGCCAUUGAUUUCAGACUUGCAAACCUGAACCAAACGCAAGUCUUUAAGGAUUUCAGGGUUAGGGUAUCUGAACCUAUCUAAUGAGUUAAGACAGCACCUGUUGCUCUUAAUUUAUUUUCAUUUUUACAGAACUUCUGAAAUAAAGUGAACAUUUUUAACACUGGGGAUGAUUAAGCACCAGGGUUGCUGCGCAUGGGGAGAACAAGACCUCCUAUACUGGGCCUGAAGGCAGCAGGGAGCCCCACAGGGAGGCACCACCCCACCUGCCUGGGUGACGAGUCAGGGUAGCAAGCUCCAGCAGCAUUGGGCUCAUCCUGUGUACCAUGGCCAAAGGAGACACCUUCAUCUUCAGACUCAGAGGGCCCCUUCUGAGGACCGCCGCCAUGCGGGGUUGCCAGAUUUGGCUUUUUAAAAGCCAAAUUCUGGGUUACGGCCCAUUUGACCCACGAGUAUACCCCUUAGGUUCUGGCAGCUCCCCAGCCUUGUCAGAAAUAGCACCUACAAAAUUGAGCAUUGCCCCUUUAAGAUAUGGCAGCUCCUGUGGGUGGGGGAGCAACGCUAGAUAGGAGCUGGAGAACAGAGCUCUUUGAAGGCUCAGUUGAGACCCAACCUCUGCUGAAGCAACAUCCUCCCAUCUCCUGGUUUGUGCCCUUCAAGCAGCCCUUGGAACUCUCCAAAGUCCUGAUCUUACCCUGGAAGCCAGCCUUAGUCUUGUCGUGUCCCCCACCCCACCCCCACUGGCCAUUUGCUUGCCCUGAUUUGCUCUCAUUCUGCUUCUAGAAUCCAGUGACCUUCCUGCCUAGAGCAGGAGACUUUGUCACAUAUGCAUGGUGCAACAUGGUGGUGCUGAUCCCUGCUGCUCAGUGUGCUUUGUAUGCCAAGAGGAAGAUCAGCAACCCACAGCACAGUUGCCAAUAAUUUGUAGCAGGGGGCCCAAUCUGCAUACAGUAGGCUGGGCCAGAAAAUCCUGUUUGCACCCCAUUAACCGUCAUCAACUGCAAUAUGUUACAGCCUGUGAUUUGUAGAGGUAAUAACUGUGAUGACUAGCUAGAUGGUCAUUACUCCAUUGUUUCAAAAUCUAUGAAAUGGAAUUGUUGAGGUGUGCUCACAUUUCACAUCCUCACAUUGUUAGGAGAGGCUUCCAUUUACUUCCUAGUGAUAUCAACAGUAUUUAUAGAGAAACUUUAAAUGUUGUUUGUAAAAAAGCAAGAAGGAAAACAGGAUUGACGACAGGGUAAUAAUUCUAGUAAUCACAUGUAGGGGAUACCCAGGGUAAGUUGAACUCCAGGGUAAAUUUCCUGGUGUUUUAAAACUACCUGAGCAAAACAUCUGCCCCUGUUAUUUUUAUCUGAGAUUUCUGACCUCUAAACCCUUUGCUGCCUGUACAUCCUGGUUGAUUUCAUAAGAUAUUCUUCCUGGAAUAGUUUCAGCUACUUACUGCUGCAAGCCACCCAGGCAAAUUGUUGUUGGGAUAAACUAAGGGAAUGUGGUUUCUCCUGCACCAUGCCAAACAAAAACCCAAGAAAUAGAAGUUCUAAGUAAUGUGCCAGCCCAGGACACACUCGUGUCCCAUAAGAAAACACUGUGCAUGAGAAAUAGAAUAAUUCAAAAUAGAACAAUUCAAUACUUCUAGGGGCCCAAACCUUGUAUCUUCAGAGGAGGCUUCCUGCUCUGUUUGAUUCACUACUUUGACGUGACCUGACCUCCUUCCAGUCAGCAUCCAGUGGAAAUAGAUCUUUCUUCCACUUUGCAUCAGGUGUGAUUUGAUUGUUUCAUCAUUCCCGAUGCAGCCCACAUAUCUGUCUUGGGAGAAGACGACAUGGCAAUAACUGACUCAUGCAGAAAUGUAGGGGUGCAGCUCCUCUGAAGGCAGUUAAUCCUUAUUCUUGCACACUUUCAAAGUAUGUCUUUGGGGUGUAAGGGCAAGUUGCACCUCCAGUUUUUAUUCAGGGAACAAAAGGUGUUGCUCAAUUGUCUAAAGUUUGGAAGAAGCAGGUCAAAUUACUAAGCCUAGAUCAGCGACUUGUACAGCUUGGGGAUAAUGGCAAAAAUGGCAAAAAGUGCAAGGGUGGAGGGACUCCUCCCCUCACCACAACUCUUCUGCUCUGAAAUACAACCCAUUUGGCUGCUUUUCAGUAGGGGGGAAGUCAGGAGGAAGGAAAUAGAUUUGUGUAAUAUAGAGCUCAGAUAUAACUAUUUUACAAGUAGGAAUAUAAGGAUAAAGCAGGCCUGAGUGCAAAUGGUCCAGACUUUUUCAGCAGUGAUACUGAACAGCCACAGUUCAUUCUGGCUUAUAGACAGUCCACUGCCACAGCUUUUGAUGACUUAACAUAAAGAAUGAACAAACAGUGCUCCCUUUCCCAAUAGCACUCAUCAGGAAUAUCAAUGGUCAUAUAAAUUCCUCUGCUCUUCUGGUUUUAAUUGGUAUUUGUCUAUUUGAGAACAUGAGCAAGAUGUUGUUUUUUUAAAAACUGUUAAAAGACGACUUUGCAUAAUUCUGUCAAAAUGUACCAUAUUUGUAUGAAGAAUUGUCCAGGACUUUUGUACAACGAAUUUACAUUUAUUUAUGGUGAGGUAUAUUUACAGUAGUGAUCAAUUAAGGUGUUUGAAUUCUUGAAUCAUAUUUGCUAUGCAGCCGAAAUGGAUAUAUAUUGUUUUGUAUCUUUUGUUCCUUCAUCAUUGGUCAGCAGAAGUUUUUCAUUUCCAUUCAAAAUGCUUCUGUAAUGAUAAAACACCUUGUGUGUGGUGACAUGAUGACCUGUAUUGCAACUUCCAACAAUAUGUACAGCAAAGCUGGGAUGAAUCCUGUUAACAAGGGGAAAAUAAAAAUUGAAGCAUA